CCAGUAGUUUGAAAUCACAUAUGAUGACUCACACUGGAGAAAAGCCUUAUAAGUGUGAUACUUGUUUGAAACAGUUUACUGCACAAAGUGCUCUGAAAUCACAUAUGGUGACUCACACUGGAGAAAAGCCUUAUAAGUGCAAAAUUUGUUUUAAGCAGUUUACUCAGGCUGGUCAUUUGAAAUCACACAUGAUGACUCACACUGGAGAGAAGUCUUACAAAUGUGAAAUUUGUUUUAAGCAGUUUGCUCAAGCCGGUCAAUUGAAAUCACAUAUGAUGACUCACACUGGAGAAAAGCCUUACAAGUGCGAGAUUUGUCUUAAGCAGUUUACUCACGCCAGUAGUUUGAAAUCACAUAUGAUGACUCACACUGGAGAAAAGCCUUAUAAGUGUGAUACUUGUUUGAAACAGUUUACUGCACAAAGUGCUCUGAAAUCACACAUGAUGACUCACACUGGAGAAAAGCCUUAUAAGUGCAAAAUUUGUUUUAAGCAGUUUACUCAGGCUGGUCAUUUGAAAUCACACAUGAUGACUCACACUGGAGAGAAGUCUUACAAGUGUAAAAUUUGUUUUAAGCAGUUCACUCAAGUCGCUCCUUUGAAAUCACACAUGAUGACCCAUACUGGAGAAAAGGCCUAUAAGUGUGAUAUUUGUCUCAAACAGUUUACUCAAACCGGUAAUUUGAAAUUACAUAUGAUGACUCACACUGGAGAAAAGCCUUAUAAGUGUGAUAUUUGUUUGAAACACUUUACUCAGGCAAGUAAUUUGAAAACACAUUUGAGAACACACACUGGAGAAAAGGCCUAAAGUGUGACAUUUGUCUCAAACAGUUUAGUCAAACCGGUCAUUUGAAAUCACACAUGAUGACUCACACUGGAGAAAAGCCUUUCAAGUGUAAAAUUUGUUUUAAGCAAUUCACUCAAGUCGGUUCUUUGAAAUCACACAUGAUGACCCACACUGGAGAAAAGGCAUAUAAGUGUGACAUUUGUCUCAAACAGUUUAGUCAAACCGGUCAUUUGAAAUCACACAUGAUGACUCACACUGGAGAAAAGCCUUUCAAGUGUAAAAUUUGUUUUAAGCAAUUCACUCAAGUCGGUUCUUUGAAAUCACACAUGAUGACCCACACUGGAGAAAAGGCAUAUAAGUGUGACAUUUGUCUCAAACAGUUUACUCAAACCGGUCAUUGGAAAUCACAUAUGAUGACUCACACUCGAGAAAAGCCUUACAAGUGCGAGAUUUGUUUUAAGCAGUUUACUCAUGCCCAAAGUUUGAAAUCACACAUUAUGAAUCACACUGGAUAAAAGCCUUACAAGUGUAAAAUUUGUUUUAAGCAGUUUACCCAAGUCGGUCCUUUGAAAUCACACAUGAUGACCCACACUGGAGAAAAGGCCUAUAAGUGUGACAUUUGUCUCAAACAGUUUACUCAAACCGGUCAUUUGAAAUCACACAUGAUGACUCAUACUGGAGAAAAGCCUUACAAGUGUCAUAUUUGUUUGAAACAGGUUACUCAUGCCACUAGUUUGAAAUCACACAUGAUGACUCACUUUGGAGAAAACCUCACAGAUGUGAAAUUAGUGUAAUACAGUUUAUUGAUGCAAGGAAUUUGAAAUCCAAUAUGAGAUAUCACACUGAAGAGCUUUACAUGUGAUAUUUCUUUUAAUCAAUUUACGCAGGUAAUGCAUUUGAAAAGACACACAGGAUAUCAGCUUUUUAUAAGUAUUGUUUCGAAGUUAUUUCCUUGCGGCAUCUUAAGAGGGUAGGCGCAAAAUUUCGGGUUAAUGCUUUUUAAAUACAUUCAGUUUUUUCGAAUCCUGAAAAAACUAAUAAAUAUUUUUGAAAAAUUUAAUGUAGAAUGAAAGAUUACAU